CCCCCGCGUGGCCAGCCCAGCCAUUUGCUGGGUCCUGGAGGGAGGCGGCGGCCGCGUAGUCUUUCCUGCCCCUUGUCCGCCUCUUCUUCCUGCUCGCGGCCCGCCCGCCGGCUCGCACCCAGCCGCAGCGGCGUGGACGGAGGAUACGACUGGGACGGCGCCGGGAGCCGAGGUGCUGAGGGACGGUGGCCGACUUAGGAGAGAUGCUGGGCGUGGCGGCAGGAAUGACCAACAGGUCUCUACAGGAGAAGACGAGAUCGUCCAGAUAGUUUGAGAUUGAAUGGGUUACCGGAGGAAGAACUAAGCAACAUGGCCAAUGCCCUUGCCAAUGCUGCUUGUGAGCGCUGCAGGGGGGGUUUUGCACCCGCCGAGAAGAUUGUAAACAGUAAUGGCGAGCUGUACCAUGAGCAGUGUUUUGUGUGUGCUCAGUGCUUCCAGCAGUUCCCAGAAGGACUCUUCUAUGAGUUUGAAGGAAGGAAAUACUGUGAACAUGAUUUUCAGAUGCUCUUUGCUCCUUGCUGUCAUCAGUGUGGCGAAUUCAUCAUUGGCCGAGUUAUCAAAGCCAUGAAUAACAGCUGGCAUCCUGAGUGCUUCCGCUGUGACCUCUGCCAGGAAGUGUUGGCAGAUAUCGGGUUUGUCAAGAACGCUGGGAGACAUCUGUGUCGCCCCUGUCAUAAUCGUGAGAAAGCCAGGGGCCUUGGAAAAUACAUCUGCCAGAAAUGCCACGCCAUCAUUGAUGAGCAGCCUCUAAUAUUCAAGAACGACCCUUACCAUCCAGACCAUUUCAACUGUGCCAACUGCGGGAAGGAGCUGACUGCUGAUGCUCGGGAGCUGAAAGGAGAACUGUACUGCUUGCCGUGCCAUGAUAAAAUGGGGGUCCCCAUCUGUGGUGCCUGUCGACGGCCCAUUGAAGGGCGUGUGGUAAAUGCCAUGGGCAAGCAGUGGCACGUGGAGCAUUUUGUUUGUGCCAAGUGUGAAAAACCAUUUCUUGGACAUCGCCAUUAUGAAAGGAAGGGCCUGGCAUAUUGUGAAACCCACUAUAACCAGCUAUUCGGUGAUGUUUGUUUCCACUGCAACCGUGUUAUAGAAGGUGAUGUGGUUUCUGCUCUUAAUAAGGCCUGGUGCGUGAACUGUUUUGCCUGUUCUACCUGCAACACUAAGUUAACACUCAAGAAUAAAUUUGUGGAGUUUGACAUGAAACCUGUCUGUAAGAAGUGUUAUGAGAAAUUUCCACUGGAGCUGAAGAAAAGACUUAAGAAACUAGCUGAGACCUUAGGAAGGAAAUAAUUUCCUUUAUUAUUUUCUUCUUUGCAAAGAUCAGAGAUUACCAACAUUAUUGAUGUGAUCUACCCUUAUUUAAACCUAUUUCUCAAAAUAGUUGAGAGUGAAGAAAACCUACAUGGUUUUCUUCAUCUCUUUUUUUCUCAUUAAAAAAGAAAAUAAAUUUGUGUAAUCAUAUUUAAAACAGAUAAAAUCAAGAUUUGCCUUUGUCAGUAAUCAUCAAUUUGUUUAAGUAUAGACUAUACUUAAUAGCAAAAAUCACAUAGCUAAAUGUUAAUUAAGGUCCAAAAAUUUACAUACAACUUUUUAAAAAUGAAAGUAAUGAGUCAGCUUUUAUAAGACACAGCUAAAAAAUAUAAACUUUAUUUUACUUUGUACUCAAAAGAAAAUUAAAUCCAACUGCUGUUAGGGACAUUGUAGAGAAGAAAACUAACCAAGAAAAACAAAUCUUAUGGAAUCUUAGUAUGUUAAUCAGACUGGUAGCUACAAAAUGAAUAUACACAUUACUAAGACAAGAAACAAGUAUAUUCAGAACUACUUGAUUUUAGAGGUUUUUUGUUGUGAAAUUCAAUAAUUAUGCUGUUUUAUAUUUUGUUCUCCUUGUGAACUUCUUCUUUCAUACAAUUACUUAACAUAGUUACGGCUAGCUUAUAGUAUGUUUUUUUUAAUUUUGUGCAAAAAAAAUUUAUUCUAUGUAUUUGACAAUACAGCAUACUUUACAAUAUUGGAAAAUGGAGUAUUUUUUAAUGUAUUACAGCAAUUAUGUUUCUAAACAUAAGGUCAAAGAUGUAGUCUUAGAAUAGGACAUGAAAUUAAAUUUUAUGUAGCUUGGAUGUAUCAUUUAAAAAAAGUGAAUGUAUACGUAUUGGUCAUAUUACCUUUAUUAUAACCAUAUUAAUAUCUAUGCUUUAUACAUAACCUUGCCUUGUCUUAGAAAAACACAUACCUUAAUCAGGAAUUCAAGCAGCUUCAUAUAAUACCAACUAAAAAUAGGUACACUGGUUGAGAUUUAUAAACUCAAAUUUAUUUGCCACAGCUACGAUUAUUUAAAAAAAAUUUUUUUCUCCCUUUUUGGGAAACAUUAAAAUUAAUUUCUGCCAUCUUAGUAUAAGAGAAUGAUGUUGAUAUGUUUCAAGUUUUUCACUUCAAAUUUCAUAAUUAAUUGAAUUUAUUUGCUAUAAGUAAGAAGUAUAAAUGAUACUUUUAAAUUGGAAAAGGGAUGUUUAAGUGUCAAUUUUAGGUCAAAAAGUCAUGAAUUAUUCUACUUUAUCUUAUUCUGAAGUUUCUGGACCAUUCUUUCUCGAUAAACUUGGAUGCAAAGCAAACUUUGUGAACAUUAUUUAAAUGUUGCUGUGUUAUUUAAAAGAAAGUUGCCAAGAUGGACUUCUAAAGGGAAAAUGAUUGUUUUCUCCAGAAUUUUCUAAAAUAUUGUUUUGGCAUUAAAAAUAUCUCAGGAUGCUACUACUCUGCCAUUAAAAUAUUUGUAUGCAUGUAUUAAAAAGUAUGCAUGUACUUUAUGAGAUAAAUUCUAUUUCGGUUUUCAGAUAACUUUAUUUUUUAGUGUUCUUUUAGAGUUCAAAGAAUUACAGAAGAUUGAAAUUAAUCAAUAUAUAUAGUUAAGACUGCAUGAGUUCUGAAGUUUCAAACAGUCUUUGCAUUUGACAGUAAGAAUCGAAAUCCCUUCCAUGUGCCUUUGUCAGCUAAUUUAUGACCAGCAGUGAAAACUUUAAAAGUAUAUAGGGUCUGGAUGUUAAAUUCUUAAAUACCCUACACCAGAAAUAUGGAGCAGAAAAGUAACUAUUUACCUAUAUCUUAAUCACUUUGAAGAUGCAUGGACAGAACUCAGCUGCUUUGUUUACAUAUCUUACAUAGACAGGUCUCUCCUAUUGCCAGAGGUCCCACUGCUAUCUUUGCUCACUCUUCUCUUAAUAUAUGAAUUAAUAUUUCUGAAAGUUCAACUUUUUAAGCCUCUAACACUUUAGGGUAUUUUAUGUAGAUACAGUGCUUUCUUCCUCAAUAGGGCUAUCAUUGGAACCCUUAUAUGUGGGAAAAGAGGAAGCAGUUGAAAAGUUCUAAGUGGAACAGAAGACAAACUUGGUUUAGUUCAUACUAUUUUUCAUGGAGCUUUCUCUAGCUGUGGAAAAACUCAGGCUAGUAAGUAUCUAUUUAAAGUCUUGCAACGCAAUUUUAAAUAAUUCAUAGUUCUUACCAUAUUUCUAAAUGCUCUUUUUCUUACCAAGCCUAAUAUAAUUGGGAAAAAAUGUCUGGAUACAAAUAAAACAUUCUUUAGAUCAUGUUCAAAGCCUUAUUAACAUUGCACCUGAAAUGACAGGCCACUCUGCCUCACUUAUUUGCCAAAAUGCCAUUUCUAAGUUAAGGAAAAUUUGAGGUAGGCUUACAGCAUUCUUAUUGUAUUUACUUUUAGAUUGUAAGCUCAAUGGCAGGGGCACUAUACUGAUAAUUAUGUUUUUAUAUAGCAACCAUUGCAGUAUACUCUUGGUACUUAAUAAAAAUUCAGUAUCCUACUGUG